AUGUUUGGUUUAUGUAUAAUAUUUUUGUCAACUUCUGUAUUUGCAUUUGGUAGUUCAUAUGGAUUAAUGUUUAUUGCUAGAGGAUUACAAGGCAUGGGUUCAGCUUUUGCUGAUACUGCCGGUUUAGCAAUGAUAGCUGAUCGAUAUACAAAUGAAUAUGAACGUACAAAAGCAUUGGGAAUAGCUUUAGCAUUUAUAUCAUUUGGUUCAUUAGUAGCACCUCCAUUUGGUGGAAUAGUUUAUCAAUAUUUUGGCAAAGAAUUACCAUUUAUUACACUUGCAUUUAUAGCACUAUUUGAUGGUUGCUUAUUAUUGAUUAUUAUGCAACCAGUUAGAAUUGAACGAACAGUUUUAAAAACUCAAGGUAAUCUACCUAAAGGAACUCCAAUACAUCGUUUAUUAAUGGAUCCUUAUAUUGCUAUAUGUGCUGGAUGUCUCACUGUAGCUAAUGUAUCACUUGCAUUUUUAGAACCGACAAUAUCAAACUGGAUGUCAAAAAGUAUGAAAGCAACAAAUGCACAAGAAGGUUUAGUAUGGUUACCAGCAUUUUUACCACAUUUAGCUGGAGUUAUAACAACAAUUAAGUUAGCUGAUAAAUAUCCAAGUAAACAAUGGUUAAUGGCUGCAGUUGGUUUAGCUAUUGAAGGAGGAAGUUGUUUCUUGAUACCAUUCUGUACUAAUUUUAUUGCAUUAAUGAUUCCUAUUAGUAUUUUGUGUUAUGGUAUUGCAUUAGUUGAUACAGCAAUAUUGCCUACAAUGGGUUUUCUUGUAGAUACACGUCAUGUUUCAGUAUAUGGUUCAGUGUAUGCAAUCGCUGAUAUUUCAUAUAGUUUAGCUUAUGCCUUGGGACCAAUUGUGGCUGGUGGACUUGUGGAUACAAUUAAAUUUGUUGGACUCAAUAUUGUUAUGACAUUAAUCACUUUAGGAUAUGUACCAGUCAUGUACUUAUUACGUCAUUGCUAUAAUGUUGAAAGACCACAGAAUAGAGAAUUACCACCUUUAAAAACUGAUUCAGUUGAUCAUUCAUUUGAUCAAGAUGAUUAUGCUUCAGUUAAAAGUUAUCCAGGUUAUGAACAAAAUUCAACGAUAAAGGGUGAAUCCAAUCAUCAUCAUCGACAACAAUUUCAUCAUCCUAUUGACCCUACCAAUCAAUAUAAUUAUCAGUCAGCAUCAACGUAUGAACAAGAUGGUAAACUAUUAACUCAACGAACAGAUUAUGCUUAUUGA